GAAAAGAAAGGAUAUGUGAUGAGAUAAUAAUUUAUAUCCAAGGAUUUGAUGCCUCUAUUAAAAUAGUGUUUUUGUGGCUAAUAUGUAAAUCCAGAUUAGGUACUUGUGCUUUGUACAUCAUGUGAAAAGCCAUUUCAUGCUGAAUGUUUAAUUAAAUAAUUUGAUUAAGGAAAUGCUAAUUGUGAUUCAUGUAGAGAAAUUCUUUCUAAUAAUUAAAUAACAGAUCGUAUAAGGGAUGCAUUAUAGGUUAGACCGUCUACAAUUGUUAUUUAAUCUAAUUAAUAAAAAACAUAUGAAUAAUAAAAAGCUAUUUAGAUUGAAGAAGAAGAAGAAGAAGAAUAAAUUGAUAGAAAUGAAAGAAGAAUUGAUUUAGAAAAAAUUGUUAAAAAAAUAAAAACAAAAGAUGGUCCAAUUCAAUCUAAAGUUCAAACUGUUAAAUAAGACACAAAAGUUUAAAUUGUAAACUAAAAUACUAAUGGAAAUUCUAAAGAAAAAAAUUAAAUACAUGAAACUCAUGUUCCAUAAACUAAUCAUCCAGAAUAGUCAAAACCAUAAUCUUAACCUUUUAAAAAUAUAUCAUCAUAAGCUGUUGAAAAAAUGAAAAGUUGGGUUGAGAGAUAUAGAUAAAUGGAAUCAAAUGUUUCUAAUUUUGAAAAGAAAAGAUAAGAAGUUAGAGAAAAAUUCUUUUCAGUUAUUUUUUAUGGUAUAGAAGAAUUAAAAGAUAUGUAUGAAAAAGAUCCAUCAUCUAUUACUCAACUUGAAAGAGAAAUUAUAAGUUACACUGAUAAUGCAUUAUUUUAAUAUAUUAAGAAUUUAGCUUUAGAUAUUGAAGUUUAUACUCAUAUCAAAUUUAACACAUAAUAUAAAACAAAAUUAGAACCUUUAUAUGUUGAUAGGUGUAAAUUAAUAUAUUUACACAUGAAAGAUGAUAAAAAUUUAGAAUUAAGAAGAAAAGUCAUAUCUAAAGAAUUUUAAGCAUAAGAUUUGAGUACUAGAGAUGAAAGAGAUCUCUAUAAUCCUGAAAAAAGAAGAUAAACAUAAGAAAUAGCUAUGAGAGUUAUUGAACUUAAUUAAAAAGAAAAAGAUGAUGAAUAAAAAAUUAUCAAAGAUAUCGAAGAUGUAUCAUUUUCAAGAAAUGUAAAUUUAAUAUUUAUUUUAGCAAUCAAUUAAUGAAGAAAUUUCUAUUCCUACUUAAAAAAAAGAUGGACAUUCAACUAAAAAUCUUUUAAAAGAAAAAAUGAUGGAAUAUUCUGUUGAAAAAUCAAUCAUAAGAUUUAAGAAAAGAAUUGCCGAUGAACUUAAUGAAAAAGAAAGAUUAUAAAUAUUAGCCAGUCUAGAAUAGUUUUAACUGCAUUAAUGAAG